GAGCAUUAGAUGGGACACAUAUUGAGGUGCAUGUUAGUCAAACUGACAAGCCGAGCUAUCGAAAUAGAAAGGGCAAGGUUACCACCAAUAUGUUAGGAGUUUGUGAUCGGAAUAUGAAUUUUAUAUUUGUUUUACCGGGUUGGAAAGGUUCGGCAUCAGACUCAAGAGUUCUACGAGAUGCAAUAACUAGAGCACAUGGUUUAAGAGUUCCUGAAGGUUAUUAUUAUCUUGUGGAUGCUGGUUAUACCAAUUGUGAAGGGUUUCUUGCACCAUACAGAGGAACAAGAUAUCAUUUGUCAGAAUGGCAACAUGGAUGUGCACCUACAAAUGAGAAAGAAUUUUUUAACAUGAAACAUUCAUCUGCUAGAAAUAUUAUAGAACGUUGUUUCGGUUUGCUUAAGAUUCGAUGGGCUAUAUUGAGAAGCCCUUCUUUUUAUCCAAUCAAAACUCAAUGUAGAAUAAUGACUGCUUGUUGUCUUCUUCAUAACCUUAUUAGGAGAGAAACGUCAUAUGAUCCUAUGGAAGCAGAAUUAGAUGCACAAGAUAGCUCACAAAACCAAACUCUUGAUGAUGUGAACAUUAUUCCCACUAUUGAAUCAUCUGAUGCAUGGACUACUUGGAGAGAUGCUUUGGCAACAAACAUGUUUAAUGAAUGGAGAGAAAGUAGAGGCCGUAGAUAUUAGUAUUUUGUUGUAUUAAAUGUUCUUUUCAAUGUUGUUGAUUAGUAUAAUUGAAUUUAUAUGACUGCUUGUUUUAGACUUUUGUUUGAAUUAUGCAAUAAAAGUACGUUUAUAUUUAUUAGUUGUUAUAUAUAAUUUUAUAACAUGUUUCUUCAAUUAGUAGAUGUUGUAUAUCAUUGGUUUCCAAUAUUUUGUAUUAUAUAGGAAUGGAAAGUGGAGACAACAUGCAACAUACUUCCAACUCAAAGAAAGGGGGUCGUCGUACUUGGACAAUUUUGGAGGAGGAAGCGUUAUUGGUAGUGUUAGAGUCAUGUGUGCUGCGUGGCUAUCGUUGUGACGGUGGCUUCAAAGCUGGAACAUACCCAUUAAUUGAAAAAGAAUUACGUUUUAAGUGUCCUAAUUCUGGAUUGAAAGCAAGCCCCCACAUUGAGUCAAAGAUAAAAAUAUGGAAGAAACAAUAUAGUAUAGUAUUUGACAUGCUAAAUGUGAGUAGGUUUGGUUGGAACGAAAUAUUAAAGUGCAUUCAAGUUGAUAGUGAUGAAGUAUGGAAUGCAUAUGUGCAGAGUCACAAAGAAGCUGACGGAUGGAGGGGUAAACAAUUUCCUAUCUAUGACAGAUUGGCUAAUAUCUUUGGAGCGGAUCGUGCAACUGGAAAAGCCGCUGAAACUCCAGCUGAUAUGGCUAAAGCAGUCGAUCUUGAAGAUGAUUAUGAUGGCAAUGAAAUGCAAGAAGAAACAUCAUUUUCCCCAAUGUCUGUCAACCAAUCAAGUGGUAAUCAAUCCCAAUCUGGAAGAAAGAAGAGAGCUAGACCAGGUUCAGAUAUUUGUGUUGGGUUAGAAAAACUAGCAAAGUCUUUGGAUAAUAUGAUGGAGAAAUCACAUGAGGAAACGAAGUUGCUCAUUGAAACGCUAAAAAAUAGAGAUAAUAACAAGAUGUAUGACUCUGUUUGGGAAGAGAUCACAAAGAUGAACCUCCAUGUUGCUGAUCAAAUCAAAGCUCUAAAGAUAUUUGCUGAACAACCAUGGAAUGUGAGUGCUUUGAAAAAUAUGGAUGAGGCUACCAAGAUAGAGUUUGUCAUGACCCUUAUUAACCAUGGAUUUGGCUCUAAAGACAUUAAAAUAUAACUUAUAUCUUAUAUGUGGUGUCACUAAAUUUAAAAUGUGUAAGCUUUUAUAACUACUAAAUGGAGUUUAUCUUUAGGUGGUGAGUAACAAUUAGAUUAAUACAUAUGACUUGAAUAUUUAGAUAGAUCUCAUGUUAAAGCUAUCAUAUAUUUUGUGUAUGCAUUUAUGAAUGCAUAGUAGUUUAUAUGAACAAGAAUAGUUAGUUUUUUUGCUAACCGAGCUAAUUAUGUGUACUUUUGACUAUAUUUGACUAUAUAAAUGUUAUAUUUUUACUA